AUGCGCAAAAACAGUGUUGUCAUACACACUGUCGCCAUAGCCGGGGCCGGAGGACACCUUGGCCGCAAGGUGCUCGAUGCCCUUCUUGACGAAGAAGCUUUCGACGUCACAAUACUGGUACGCCGCGGACGCAAGCUAAUCGACUAUCCCCCCGGCAUUCGAUUCACGACGGUUGACUACGAAUCGCCCGAGUCACUCCAGGCCGCACUCCGCGGGAUCGAUGCGGUCGUCUCUACUCUUGGGAAGAGAACCGGCCUGGAUUGUCAGUUCAAACUCAUAGAUGCUGCAGUCGCCGCCGGGGUGAAGCGCUUCAUCCCGUCAGAGUUUGGGGCCGACCUGCAGAAUGCCAAGAUCCGAGGAUUUCCUACAUACCGCACCAAGGUCCAGACGGAGCAGUAUCUCGAGAAACUGGCUGAUCGCACCAGUCUCACGUACACGUACAUCUAUAACGGUCUGUUAUUGGAGGAUGGCUUGGAGAUGAACGUGUUCGGGGAUUUCACGGCUCGAACGGUCAAUAUCUACGACGGUGGAGACACACCUUUUUCCACCACGAGAAUAUCCACCGUAGCGCGAGCCGUGGUGGCAGUUCUACAACAGUUUGAAGCAACAAGUAACAGGGCUGUACGCAUUCGCGAUAUCUCAAUAUCCCCGAACGAGUUGCUCCGAAGGAUCCAGAAACACGACUGCGUGUGGGGACAUCAAUGGUCACCUGUUGCUGUCGAUACUGCGGCCCUGGUGAAACAGGCGGAGAGUGAAUGGGCCUCGGGUCGAUUCAGCCCAAAGGCAUUCGCUGCAUUUGCGACGAGGGCCACCUUUGGGAGGGGAAUCGCGAGUAGUUACGAUGGUGAUAACGAGCGGCUGGGUAUCUCUGAGAUGGUGAAGGAGGACAUGGAGGAAGCAUUGAAAGGAAAGUUGCUGUAA